UGAAAAAUAAAAUUGUUAAAUAGGAGGAGAUGGAGAGUACUAGAAACACAACACUUGUUCUUUAUUCUCUCUUUCUCUGUCUCAUCUCCACUCUGCAACUUUCUCGAAAGCUAAACAAGUUCUUCCUCAUUAAUAUCAUCAAACAUAACAAAACAGAUGUUGCCACUUUCUCUAUCUAAUUGUUACUAAAACCUAAGAUUUAUUACCCCCACAAAUACUGGUUCCUCAAUUCUCUGUAAUCCCUGUUGUUGAUCUGCCAUUACUGGGUUUAUUCUCUGUUUCUUGAUCUUUGUAAACGCCUGGAACGGCAUGGCUCCGAGACCUAAUGCUGGGGAUGGAAAGACUCGAGGUUCUAUGUCCUUAGUUAUUGUAGUUGGUUUGUGUUGUUUCUUCUAUCUCUUGGGUGCAUGGCAGAGGAGUGGAUACGGGAAGGGAGAUAGGAUAGCUGAGCAAGUGACACAGCUAACUGACUGCAGUGUAAUCCCUAACCUGGAGUUUGAGACCCAUAACAAAGGCAACUUUGACACAGCUAUUGAUGACUCUUCCAAGGCCACACAGUUUGAGUCAUGUUCUGCUGACUACAUUGAUUACACGCCUUGCCAAGACCAAAGACGAGCUAUGACUUUCCCAAGAGAAAACAUGAACUACAGAGAAAGGCACUGCCCUCCCGAGGAAGAAAAGCUGCAUUGCCUUAUCCCAGCACCAAAAGGAUAUGUGACCCCAUUCCCAUGGCCCAAGAGCCGUGAUUAUGUACCCUAUGCAAAUGCUCCCUACAAGAGUUUGACGGUGGAGAAGGCUGUUCAGAAUUGGAUUCAAUAUGAGGGCGAUGUGUUUAGAUUCCCUGGUGGAGGAACACAGUUUCCUCAAGGAGCAGAUGCUUAUAUUGAUCAACUUGCAGCGGUGAUCCCAAUGGAAAAUGGGACUGUGAGAACUGCUCUAGACACUGGUUGUGGGGUUGCAAGCUGGGGUGCUUACCUUAUGAAAAAGAAUGUAUUAGCCAUGUCAUUUGCACCGAGGGACUCGCAUGAAGCUCAAGUGCAGUUUGCUUUAGAAAGAGGCGUGCCUGCUGUUAUUGGUGUGCUAGGAACAAUAAAGCUUCCUUACCCUUCAAGAGCAUUUGACAUGGCACACUGUUCCAGAUGUCUAAUCCCAUGGGGCGCUAAUGAUGGUAUGUACAUGAUGGAAGUGGAUCGAGUUUUGAGACCUGGCGGCUACUGGGUACUUUCUGGUCCUCCAAUCAAUUGGAAGAUUAACUAUGAAGCAUGGCAGCGCCCUAGAGAAGAACUACAGGAGGAACAACGAAAAAUCGAGGAAGUUGCAAAACGGCUUUGUUGGGAAAAGAAAUACGAGAAGGCUGAAAUUGCAAUCUGGCAAAAAAGAAUGAACGCUGACUCAUGUCCCGGUAGGAGUAAUUCCCGUGAUAGUAUGUGUGAAUCUACAAACCCGGAUGAUGCUUGGUAUAAGAAAAUGGAGGCAUGCAUAACCCCAUAUCCUGAGGCCAACAGUCCAGAUGAAGUUGCUGGAGGGGAGAUAAAGCCAUUCCCUGCAAGGCUAGACUCUGUUCCUCCUAGGAUUUCUAGUGGAUCUAUUUCUGGAGUCUCCGUAGAAACCUACCUAGAAGACAAUAAAUUAUGGAAGAAGCAUGUGAAGGCGUACAAGAGGGUCAAUAAGAUCCUUGAUUCAGGAAGGUACCGAAACAUUAUGGAUAUGAAUGCAGGAUUUGGAAGCUUCGCAGCAGCAAUCGAGUCUCCAAAAUUAUGGGUUAUGAACGUUGUUCCCACCAUAGCUGAUGUAAGCACUCUGGGUGUCGUAUACCAAAGAGGGUUGAUUGGUAUAUAUCAUGACUGGUGUGAGGCCUUCUCAACAUACCCCAGAACCUAUGACCUUAUCCAUGCUAAUGGUCUUUUCACCUUGUACAAGAACAAGUGUAAUGUAGAAGAUAUUCUUCUAGAAAUGGAUCGUAUUCUUCGACCAGAAGGGGGAGUAAUAAUUAGUGAUGAAGUUGAUGUACUAAUGAAGGUCAAGAAGCUUGCUAAUGGGAUGAGAUGGAACACAAAGCUAGUCGACCAUGAAGACGGUCCCCUUGUUCGUGAGAAGAUAUUGUUUGCAGUUAAACGAUACUGGGUUGUUGGUGAAAAUUCGACUUCUUCCACGUAAAUAUUGAACUAGGCGAGAGAGAGACCACAAGGAAACCUCAAGCAGGCAAACACCGCUCUCUGGAACCGGUACACAUACUUUUAUUUAUAGCUCCAACCAUUAUUUUAUUUUUUUGACCCAUGAGGAAGUUAUGACCGAAGUUCGUAAGGGUGUAAAGAGAAGCUAUCGUUAAGUUACUUCGGCAUAAUAUUUAUAGGUAGUCUAAGCUUUAUAGUAGUUUCUGAUGUAAUUUUUUAUCUUUCCCAUUUUUGAAAGCUGAUUCUGUUAUGAAAACAGCGGACUUUGACUAGUCCAUCGCAUUUCUGAUGUAGUUUAUCAGUUUCCUUUUGUCCUA